CGGCUGGGGUGCGGCGCGGGGCUGCGUCUGGGCCCGCCCAGCGCGCCGGGGCUCUGCGUCGUGUCAAGGCGGUGGCCAUUUUCGAGGGCGGGGGCGGCCCGGGCUGCGCGCGGAGGACGGGGACGGGCGGCCCUGCGGCGGUGGGCAGCCGGGCGGCCGCGGCCACCCGAUCGCAGCUCUUCCCCCAGUCUCCUGUGCAGUGGGAGCAGCAUGUCCGCGGACGUCCCCGAGGCAGCCUCCGCGGAGGAGCAGCAGGAAAUGGAAGAUAAAGUGACUAAUCCAGAGAAAGCUGAAGAAGCAAAAUUAAAAGCAAGGUAUCCUCAUCUGGGGCAAAAGCCUGGAGGUUCGGAUUUCUUAAGGAAACGAUUGCAGAAAGGGCAAAAAUACUUUGAUUCUGGGGAUUACAACAUGGCCAAAGCAAAAAUGAAGAACAAGCAACUUCCUGCUGCAGCCCCAGAUAAGACAGAGGUCACUGGUGACCACAUUCCCACUCCACAGGACCUUCCUCAACGGAAACCAUCCCUUGUUACUAGCAAGUUGGCUGGCUGACUAAAAGAGCAGAACUGCAUGAAUCUUCUAAUUCCCACUAUUUCCCCUUAGUAUGUAAUUUCUCUCCUUUUUCUUUCCUUUCAUUCACUUAAGUCAUUGGAGAAUGCCGGCUUUGCAGGGAGCGGUGGUGUGUGCUGUUGUAAGGAAAUAUACGUGUGCAGAGUUCUUCAUUAGUUUAACAGUGCACUGAUGAAAAGAACACAUUAGAGCAACAUAAUCUACUUGAAAAUACUUGUAUAUAUUACUUAAUAACUCCUAGUGUAGGACUGGUCCCAAUGGGUAACAAGCAAGUUUUACAAUUUGAAUGUUUUGGCUUUCUUUAAUUCAUCUUAAUUAUAGCUUUGUAUGUUACCCUUAUUUAAUAUAAUAACCUCUAUUGUAUUGAUUUCUUCAGUAUUUUCCUUUUGGAUUUCGUAAAACAGAAGUUUAAGACUGUAAGUUGGAGAAAAGGUCACAUAUUUCAAACACAAAUAGAUGGGACUCCAAAAGAUUUGUAUCUCUGUGCUUGAACUUGAAUGGCCUUAAACGUGUUUCAGCUUUAACAAUAGAAUUUUACUUGGGCAAUAUUUGCCCAUUCUGGUUUAACGUAUGUGACUUUAGUGCUUAACAGCUGCCAUUGAAGCUAAUAUUCCUUUUCAGUUCUAUAGUGUUCAAGCACCUUUUGUUAUUACUGAAGAUGUGAAUGAAGUAUGCAUGUCCAUUAACUGUUGAAUUCACUUUUGUGCCACUUUUGUAAAUACAGUAGUUUUGCACAACCUCUCACAAAUGUCUGUAUUAAUUUCACAUGUUAAAAAGUAGAUGGUGUGCCAUCCAGAAGCACAGAGUUCCUACACAAGACUGUAUGACCUUAGGGCUUUUGUAUAGUUGCGAGUGGUUCACAAUCUUUGCUCUCCUCUUGUGGCCGCCGCCCCAUGCCGACCUUUAACUUUUGCUUCUUUGACUCAGAUUAUUUGGGCUGUGCUGUUCAGUCUAUUCAGUAGCAUAGUUGUCUUUAUCCUUAAUUUUGAAAUUUGUUCUGCUGAGUGCUGUAUUUUAUGACACAAUAAUAAUGUUUUCCUUAAAAUUUCUCAGUUGUUAAUCACUCUCAAUCCUGUCUUAUUACUGAUGUUUGACAAUUGUUUAAAUAAAAGGAAAUUUAUAAUGAAACAAGUACUUGCAAGACUGACCUAGGAACCUAUGUCAGGAUGAGCUGAAUUCUGCUAAAUAAUUUUAAGUAAUUAUAAUGAGCUAAGCUAAUUAGGCUUGUGACAGAGUAAUUUACAUGAUAGGUGAACAUAUUCAUGCUAAAAUAUUCAGGUAUUUUGCUUCUAUACAUGUCACUUUAAUAAAAUAACAAUUUGAUUUUACUUAUGGUUUAUCUAGUUUAUAAGAACUUUAAUUAACAGAUUUACUGGAACAAAUUUACUGCUCUUAGGAGCUCUUCCUGUAGUUGUAGUGCUGAAGCAUGGAAAUGAGGAUCCGUAGCCUGAGAUGAGAGCAUUUUUCCCUUCGUCUUUGACUUACACAGGGCCUCCCCUCUUUUGGAUCCAGGCAUCUUCUGGGUCUUGGCCGCAUUUUGUAGCUGCUUUCCUAUGAUCCCAAAUCAUCAUUAAGUGAUAAUCUUGAGCAGAGUAACCACUCUUAAGGAUACUGCCUAGUGCUCUGAGGAAAGCUUGCUGAUUAUUUCUGCUCCACCCAAACCAAAAGGCAGAAAAGCAACAAAAUCAGUAAUGUGCUAAUUUGUUUUUAAGGAUCUAUUAUAUAUGAGUAUAUUUGUAAUGGCAGCAAGUAAAUUAUUCCAUAAUAUGUAUAAUCAUUGUAGGAUCAAUUUAAGAAUUUUAAAAUACCCCACAGUAGAGUUUCAUUAAUAUCUAGUCUUUUUUUUAAUGAAUAUAUGCCAGCUAUUAUGGUUAAAUUCACACGUCAGUGAAGAUUAAUCUGAAAGAUCGCAGAGACCGUGUUACUCUUCACCAUGAUAGGACUCCUGCUGUAGUUUGCAACAAGUGAUGUAACUUCUGAAUUGUAGUUUAUAACAUACAAUGCUAAUAUUUAACCUACCUCAAAACUUGUUGAGGAUCUGUGAAACAGUAAGUGUCCAAAAUAUUGUUGAUUGUCUUUUUAUUAAAAGUCAAUUUCCUCAUUAAGCCAACCUGCCUUCUAUAAAGUCACAUUGCUUAAAAUCUCAGGAUUUUCCAUUAGGAAAGACCUGUCAUUAAGGAUUUGUAGGUGUAAUUGUUUAGCUUCCAUUAUUGAUGCUUGGUAUAGAAAGGUUUUAAAUUUUUCUAUUUUUUGUUCUGUCUCAAAGCUCCAUUUAUUGAAGACAUUUGCAGACUGUUUCAGCAUUGCUAGAAUGAGGAUUUUAACUAGAAGAGCUUGUCUGUUUCUAGUAUUUCAGAGUUGUGGUUUGAGAAAUGACUAAUUUUAAUCAUUGUCCUGUUUAUUAUAAAUGAAUGUUGGAGUAAAAGAAAUAAUGAAAAUUGGGUAAACUCUGAAAUAAAUGACCUGUUUUGUGCCCUACAGUAGUUCCUACUCUGACAGUACAGUUUUGAGAAACAUUUCAUUUUAAAGGCUACAUCUGACCAAAACAGUUAUAGUUCUUGGCAUGUUGGGAUAGUAAGGAUUGUUGGAAUAUUUUGAGGAACUGGAAGGAGCAUGUUUCAUUCUGUUUUCAAAUUAUUCAAUACUCAUGUGCUGCUGACCUGAAAAUAAGUCUUAACUAUUCAUGAAGGAGGGCCCAGUAAGGCCUCUCUACUUGUUAUUACUUCAGCAUUUGGAAUUAGUUGCUAACUUUUUACUUGAUACAAUAAAACUAUAUCUCUGAAUAUUUAUUGAUAUGUUUUACUAAAUCAGACAUGUUUUCUUUCUUAUUUCAAAUUAGUGAAGUUUUAUCAAAGCUGAAGUGUAAUCUCUCCUUAAAUUGUGCUCUAAAUUUAGUGGUGAUCCAAGGGCAGGUAGCCUAUCAGAAGAGCACAUCUCAGUGGCAACUAAAGAAGUUUCUCUGGUGGUCCUUUCACGAUCCCCAACGUUCAAACUCAUUUCACCUACUUUUCAAUUUUCUUUUUCACCUCAUUUUACUUUAUACUACCACCACCCUGCACAUCCCUUCUUAUUUCUUAAGCCCCUGACGGCAUUCAUUAAAUGGAGUUUAGAUCUGAUGAAUUUUCCAUCCUUAAUAUCCUUUCCAGUAUACCAGGAUUAAGGACACAUUUUUAAUUUCCUGUAACUACCCUAAUCCGGUUAAUGACUAACUUGAACCGCUGUCCCAACUCUGCAACUCAGCGUGCACUGCCAGUCUUCCUCUACAUCCCUUCUCCUGACUCCCCACUGCACUUUGUAAAAUUGAGAUCAAAGAAACUUCAUUCUGGGAUUGUUAAUCUAAGGAUAAAAAUAACGGAUUUUAAUGCUGUUUUACUAGUUUCAGCCUUUAAAUAAGUAGGUAGGCCUGUGGGUUUUAUUCUGCAAAUCACAGGUGGUCAUGAUAACCAUUAAUGUAUAUUUGUAUUUUGUUAUCAACUAAACAGCAGUUAAAAUAUCUAAUUCCUUUAAUAUGCCCUUAAAUCUGUUACUGCAUCUCCAUCAUUUGUGAUGCAAUAGGACACUUUGCCCGUAUUGAAGGGCGAAGAGUAAAUGCCUUUUUUGUUGAACAUGUCUAGUGUGUUGGCAGUUAAUGCUGAAAUUUGUCAAAAAGCCCCUCCAAAAUUACACUUGUAAAAUAUAUUUAAAAAAUAAAUUGAUCACUUAAUUUAUAUUGA